AUGGCGGUCCCCAAAAAUCCAAACAUAUCAGAUUAUGCAUUUGUGGACCCCACCCCAAUGCCUGCUGAAAUUCCAAAGGUCGACGAGGUUGGUUCCACCUCAGCGCCUUUGCACUCUGCGGCAUACUUUAUUGGGGCCUAUUGUAAAGAGUACAAUGAAGAUUUUAUGCUUUGUAAAAAUGAGAAUAAUGAUCCAGCGCAUUGUUUGAAGGAAGGACGAAAAGUUACGAGAUGUGCAAUUGAUUUGCUCCGUAAACUACGUGAGAAUUGUGAUAAAGAAUUUGAGGCUCACUGGAAUUGUUUAGAUACGAAUAACCAAGAGUUUCACCGUUGUCGAGCGCCCGAACGAAAAUUCAACGCGUGUGUUCUAAGCGCUCUGAAAUUAGAAAAAUUCAUCCCGGAUUCUCCGCAGGGAAAACCACCGAUUCAUCUUAAAGAAAAUCCUCUGUAUUCAUAG